AUGUCCAAGUUCACUGAGCCUCCCAGGAAUUGCAGCGCGACAUUCUCCAGAUCCAACAGCCUUUCGAGGACUUUGCUACCACCUUUGAGGAAGGGCUCAGCCAUAAGGGUAGGCGCGGAGAUGGUUACCAUGUCCCUCCCUGUGGAGCCUAGCCACCGCUGGUCGUUACCGGCUCUGCAGCAGCGUCGAAACCAUUUCCGGAGGAACGCAGAGCCGUUGAUGCUGGAGAAGCUAGAGUCCGCACCACCACCACCCACUCUGGACUCUGUGGACCUGUGGGAAUUGCUCCAUCUCCCAUCCAGCCUGCCUGAUCCUGAAAGCCGUCGCCAUACCCGCGGUCUCCAUGAGACCUUGGGAUGA